AUGGGCCUCCUUAAAAAAGUUUUGGCGCGUAGGAGAGACCUGAAGUUAAUUGUCACAUCCGCCACAAUGAACUCUGAUCGGUUUUCGCGCUUCUACGGAGGGGCUCCAGAGUUCAUAAUUCCAGGGCGCACGUUUCCUGUCGACAUUCAAUACUCUCGGUCGCCGUGCGACGACUACGUCGACAGUGCCGUCAAGCAAGUCCUGGCUAUUCAUGUCUCGCAAGGACCAGGCGAUAUCUUGGUUUUUAUGACGGGUCAGGAAGACAUUGAGAUCACCUGUGAGCUUGUGGCUGAGAGAUUGAGACUUCUCAACGAUCCACCAAAGCUCAGCAUUCUUCCAAUCUACAGUCAAAUGCCAGCUGAUCUGCAAGCAAAGAUCUUUGACCGUGCGGCACCUGGCGUUCGCAAGGUCAUCGUAGCCACAAACAUUGCAGAGACGAGUUUGACGGUCGAUGGUAUCAUGUACGUUGUGGACUCUGGUUUUUCGAAGCUCAAAGUCUACAACCCCAAGAUGGGAAUGGAUACUCUCCAGAUUACGCCCAUCUCGCAAGCGAAUGCGUCCCAGCGUGCAGGUCGCGCAGGGCGGACAGGACCUGGAAAGUGCUUUCACUUAUACACUGAGAGGGCUUUUCGAGAUGAGUUCUAUAUCCAGACCAUUCCAGAGAUUCAGCGAACCAAUCUGGCCAAUACUGUACUCCUACUUAAGUCGCUCGGUGUUAGGGACUUGCUGGACUUUGAUUUCAUGGAUCCGCCGCCGCAAGAUACAAUCACAACGUCGCUAUUUGACUUAUGGGCUCUUGGUGCUCUAGACAACGUUGGUAACCUUACAUCGCUCGGGCGCACUAUGACGGCCUUUCCUAUGGACCCCUCGCUUGCCAAGCUCAUAAUCACUGCCGUAGAGUACGAGUGUAGCGAAGAGAUGCUUACCAUUGUUGCAAUGCUCUCCGUUCCGAGCGUCUUUUACAGACCAAAAGAACGUCAAGAAGAGUCAGACGCAGCGCGCGAAAAGUUUUUCGUGCCUGAAUCCGACCAUCUGACCCUCCUUCACGUCUACACACAAUGGAAAGUGAACGGCUACUCCGAUGGGUGGUGCAUUCGCCAUUUCCUACACCCUAAAGCGCUCCGCCGAGCAAAAGAGAUUAGAGAUCAGAUUCACGACAUUAUGGAGAAGCAGAAGAUGCCCUUGAUAGGUUGCGGCACAGACUGGGACAUCAUUCGCAAAUGCAUCUGUUCAGGCUACUACCACCAAGCAGCCAAGGUCAAGGGCAUCGGUGAAUAUAUCAACCUUCGAACCAGUGUUACCAUCCAGCUCCAUCCCACCAGCGCUCUCUAUGGCCUUGGCUACCUUCCCGACUACGUAGUCUACCACGAGCUCAUCCUCACGUCAAAGGAAUACAUGUCUUGCGUCACAUCGGUUGAUCCUCACUGGCUCGCAGAUCUUGGUGCUGUGUUUUACUCGAUCAAGGAAAAGGGUUAUUCUGCAAGAGACAAGCGUAUCAUAGAAGUCGAGUUCAAUCGCAAAGCCGAGCUCGAGGCGCAAAUGGAGGAAGAUAAAGCGCGCGAAGAACGCAUAAUGGCGGCAGAGGAGAAUGGGCCGACGAUUAAGAAGCCAAGAAUCACUGUCUCUCGAGACAAGAGUCCGAUCGCGAUGCAGCUCUCUGCCAUCGACACAGAAGCGCUCCUGGAUCUACCUGCUUUAGCACCCCCGCCGGGUGUCACACCUAAUUUUAAGAACCCGAGAAAUUUAAGCGCACCGGCACUUGCGAUGUUGCAGCUCAUGCUCACCUCGCUUGUUGUGGGGAUGAGGCUGUAUACUAAGAAGUUCAUCGUGAAGAAGAUGCUGGCUGAAGACUGUAAGUAA